UAUGCACACUCAUGACGUAUGAGGAAACAAUGUGGCUGACAACCAAUAGGGAACGACACUGUCCCCAGAAAAAAGCAAGGGGGAUUCCCCGGCUUCUUGUCUGACAAGUUUUUCUUUUAAGAUUAUAUCUAAAUUAAAGUCUACUCAGCUCAAAAGAUAUCUUCAGCCGCUAAGGACUACUACAUACAGCCAGUCAGCGCAGUGUCUCAGAGUUUAAGGGCAGAAUUUGCUUCAGUUUUCUUGAAACGUCCAUCACUUUAUUGUAUUGAAGCCAAGUCCGUUGCUUCAGUUGUAGAGAAUGAGUACAGAUAAGCUGAUGAACGGAGACCUGACGCUUGCCGGGCCCGUGUAUGCCGACCGGAGGUCCCGUGUGCGCCGGGCGGCGGUGCAGGCACUUAGCGCCGUGGGGGCGAUCUUGGUCGUCUCGGCACAUGUGAUGCUGGCGCUGCAGAACUGGCAACUCAAGGAACAGAUCUCUGAGAAUGACAUGAGCAUUACCAUUGUCAUUGUCAUUGUCAUUAUCCUUGUCAUUGUCUUUGUCAUUGUCAUUGUCAUUGUCGAACUCCUGGGGCGUGUGGCUACUUUGGAAGUGCUGACUAAAGACAAUGGCCGAUUGGAGGAUACUGUCACUGGGCCGACCGACCCUGACCUGGAGAACCAGCUGCCCCUGCUGCCUGACACCAGCCGCCGCAGGGCCAAGAGAGCCUCAAACGCACUGACUCUUCCGCUCGGAGGUAUGGAAUUACUACUAGUAGUCUAUUCUAUUCUAUUCUAUUCUAUUCUAGUCUUUAAUGCAUCAUUAGUCUAUUGUGAGGCAGAAUUGCGUUUUUGUGCAACUUGUUGA